AGCUUAGUUUACGCAACUGCCCAAAACAGCAGAAGCAGCUUCUAUUAUGAAAGAGAGUCCUGUUGGUAUGUCACCUUUCUUUAAGUGUUUUAUUUACACUCCUUUCUAAGUCGUUGCAUUAACAAGUGUUGUUUACCUUAUUUCACUGCUCACAUAUAGCUGUAUCAUUUUAACCAGCUGAUAAAAACACUAAAGUACAGUCGGACACUCAAAGCUAAUUCCGGCUAGCUUCAGCUCAGGAGGCAGAACAAAUUGUUCCAGCUGGAAACUCUCUGACACCGGUCUGCAGGGCAUUUGACUUUUACUUUCCUAGUAGGUCUGGUGUGCAAUUCCUGUUUUGACUCUAUGGCAAACGAAGUAGUCAGUGAAGGUAACAUAUUUAGUUUAAUGUGAUUAAAACCUUUGUUUGCUGAGGAUGCAGAGUCAACACGCCCCCUAACUGCACUUUGUUGGAGUCAAUCACGUGUCAAGAAUCGACAAUAUGUUUUGAUGGAGAAGUAAGGAUCGAUUUGACUAUUUGGUUUACUUCACUCACAUUCAAUCUUUUUUCUAUAAAAUAACCCACUUGUCCAAAGUCAAAGUGUCAAUAAAUAGUGGAAACACUAAAAGUAGAUCAGCAACUUUAUAAUGAAUCAAAUUUAACUUCUAAAUUAUUUCUAUGGCAUGCAGGAUCCUUUCACGAUAUGCAAUAUUAUAGGAUGGGAAAUCAUCACAUAUUUACAUGAUCAUCCUAGGUGAUAAAGUCUCCAUUAUUUGAUCGAGUUUCAGGUGUUCGAAGAUUUUUCUGCUGCCAUUUCUGUUUAAUCUCUUACUUGCUGAAAGAUUGUCUUUGUUUUAUAUUGUGUCUAGGGCUGGGCGAUAAGACUAUAUAUAUAUCAAAAAUUGAUUUCCGUCAAUAUCAAUAUAAAACACAGUCACUAUGCUUUUGGAUAGACGGCAUUCUGCCAUGUUUUGGUUGACUUUAUGAAUAACUGAUGAAAAGGGAAGUUGGUCUGGGUCUGCAUCGCGCCGAAUCAAUCAUGUCCUGAAUUAGAACCAAGUAGCAAACAACUGUGUAGCAGCAGGCUGCAGCUACACGCAACCAUAGCACUUUAACACGUGAAGCUGGCACCAAUAAGUAGUAGUAGUCGUUUAUUCAGUCAUGACAACACCAAAUAUUGUACACAAUAUUGAUAUUUCACACAAAAUCACAAAAUCACUAAAUCAUGUGUUGAAUAUUGACUGAAAAGGCAUAGGCAGAAGCAGACUGUUUAUAAAAGCCUAUCCUGUAUUGUCAACUUUUUAGGCUACCGCCCUCCAGAAAAACAAAGAAACCACAACAACAGACAAUUAAUCGCACUGAUAAGCUUAAAAAAUAGCCUCACAAACCAUUUUCUUAAAAACCAAAAAAGAAUGACAUGUUUUUAGAUUUAUGUUGGCAUCAUUCCAGAAUUUAACUCCAGUAAUGGAGGCACAUCUCCUUUUCGUACUUUUUUUUUAGCUUUUUGUAUAGUAAAUUUGCAAGCACCUCUGAGAUUAUAUGGACUGUCCCUAAUUGAAAAGAACCUCUGCAAGCACUUUUUUAAUUUCAUUUUUAUAUAUCGAUAUCGACUGAUAUGAAAAAAAUGUAUUGUGAUAAACUUUUUUCCAUGUCGCCCAGCCCUAGUUGUCCCCAUUUCCAGUAGUAUCCGUAAUUAUGUAGUGACAAAAGAACAAGCAACUUCUUAUCCAGAUACGUCCAUCAUCUUUGUGGUAUUGUGAUACAAAGGGGUUGAAAUCAAGACAGUAAGUAGUAUUGUUACACCAAAGUACUAAAGUAAGUAAACAAUAUUACUUACACUAAAGUAAGUAGUAUUGUUUAAGUACACUGCCUCGAGUGCCAUAAAGAGCAAGAUAAUGAUGAAACAUAAGUAUAAUUGCCAGAUCAGUAUUCUCAGUGUUUUUUAAAAGACCAUGUACAUUAGAGUUGGGAGAAAAAAUCGAUUCACAUAAGUAUCGCAAUUUUUUGUUUUACAAUUUUUACGUUGAUUUCUUUGUUCAAAAAUCAAUUUUGUUUUCAAAUGGAAGAAUAAAUCUUAAAAACUGAGUUACAUGUGAUGUUUAACUUUUGGGGAAAUAUGGUUCCUGGAAUAGUCAGUAGACAAUCCUAAUCGUUCAACUCUUUCAUUGGUGUUACAAAUGCAGACUAAAAAUCGACAGAAUCGACAAUAUCCUAGAAUCACAAUUUAAAUCAAAUCGGCAUCCAAAAAAUCGUAGACUAAUUGAAUCGGGAGAAAAAUAUAUUGUCCCAGCCCUAUUGAACAUUUGUUUGAAUCAAUCCACCAAAGAGAUAUUAGUUUGAAUUCAAAUAUCGCUCUUUAUCUAAUGAUGCGGCCUUUUCUGUGCCAUUCCUGAUGUUAUAUCUUAAUAUUCUCUACAGGUUGUCUGUAUUCCAUCCGAGAAAUUUCCCAUCAUGCAGUUGGAGGCUCAGCUGCGUCUGUGUCAGAGUUGUCUUUGGUGUUACAAGAGUGGGCUGCGCAUGAUCUCACAAGGCUCCAGUCUCAGGUACACUUUGGGAAUAAACCUUUAUAUACGUGUGUGUGUUUUGAUUUAAAUCAGAAUGAAUUACUCAUUGUAUACACCCUCAGUGCAGCAUGAAUGUUGUUUUUUCUUCCUCCCCAUAGAAAAGCUGUGAACUAUUAUGACCUUCUGGGAGUCAAAUCUGAUGCCAGCGUGGAGCAAAUUAAAAAUGCGUUUUUCGACAAAUCCAAGAAGGUAGGUUGCUCAGUAUUUAUUGAGGUGUGUAUUUACAUGAAGUAAAAUGUGGCCACACGAGGUCAGCCUUUCACUGCAUAGCUUCCUCUAUCUACAGUUCCCACAGAAGGUUUCCUGACUGUUUGUUUUCACGUUGUGGCUCUCAGUGUAAAUAAGGAUGUGCGUGUGUAUUUACUCUGUGGUUUGGCCAAAGUGUGGGGUGAGACAACUCAACCUUUAGAUAAAAAACAAGGUUAUGAAGUUCAUUUGCAUGCAUGAGUGUAACUGAGAAAAUAGGAACGUUUUGCUUCUGAAUGGAGAUACUCAGAUGAGCACUUACAUACAGCUCAGAAUCCCCUGUUUCAUUUGUGGGUUUUAUUUUGUAAGUUUUAUUACAGUGACAGAUUUUUAUGAUCAUGCAGCUACACCCAGAUAGCGAUCCAACCAACCCGGCGCUGCACAGCCAGUUUGUGGAGCUGAACGAGGCCUACAGAGUCCUGAGCAAGGACACAAGUAGGAGGGAGUACGACUUCAAAAUCAGGCAUCCGUAUGGUGGGGGCCAGGCCUUCAGAUCUACCUCCAGUCACACCAGCUACAGAGCCAGGUGAUGACACGUGGCCUCUUAGGGUCAUAUUUUCUUCCUUUCACAUGCUGUUCUCCUUUCCUCAAACACCUGUUAAGAAGUAGCCAUGCACAGUAUUACUCCAAGUAUAUCAUGUUCAGGUUUUUUACAACCAUCUACACAGGAGUACUAAUUGGCCAUUCAUGAUGUUUCUGCACAAAUACUUAAAGAUUAAUUUUGGUCUGUUCGUAAUAUCUGCUUUUGACAUCACCAUCCAAUCAUAAUCCAAUCAUACCAUAUCACCAGUGUGGAUCCCCAGGAGAACAUGCGUUACUGGGAGCAGUUUCGUCAGUCUCACGCACAGGACAUGACAGCAGAGGACUAUGAGAGGAGGAGGAGGAGGAACUUUCGCCUCGUGGGCUACUGCGUCAUCACCAUGUUUCUCAGUGUCGGAGCCCACAUCAUCUUCUUCAGGUAGAAAAAGUGUUUGACGCUUACCAUGCCUUUUUUCCCUCAAGUGACAUUUUAACAGAGUUUUUAUCACUCUGUAAUAUUUGGGGAAACAUUAUUUCAGCAAAUGUCAGAAUGUGAGAGAUAAAAGAUAAUGCAGCAGUGCAGUAAUGAUAAAUUGUGUUCCUGUGUUUUUUUUUCUGCUGACCAAUCACUUUCAGAUAAACAUGAUAGUUUUCACACAUGUUUCUGUGCCAUGUGCCUUGGCACAAGUUCCCAGCCAGUGUCACUGUGUUUGUUUUUACACGCUGACUCUGUGCCACUUCUGUUUGUAGAGAUUCUCGUCUUUAUGAUCUGCCCGGCUGUUUUAACAGCUGUACAAACUCAUAAAUACAAGCGAGCGUACAGAGCUGCCCACUGAGUGACAAGUUUUUGGGUCAAAGAAAGUUAUUAUUCUCACAAUUUCUUCAGGAAACUGGAAGAGGUCCACAAUAACUUCAUGGAUGAGAAAGAUCGUAUCAUCACAGAAAUUUACAACGAGUCCAAAGAGAGGGCCAGGUGAGAGCGAGAACUCCUUCAAAUGAUCUGUCUUCACUUUGUUGGCAGAUUUAGCUGGUAUAACUAUGAACAUAUUCGGUUUCUGUGCUUGAUAACAAAACUAAGUCUGUCUGUGCUGCUCCACAGAGUCAACGGUUUCAAGAAACAGACAGAAAUCUUGCGCCAGAAACACGCUGAGUUUUUGGAGAAAUACAAAAUCCGCAAUGGUGGAGAGGAGAAGUAGUAGAGUCUCCAGCUGUGCCCGGCGAUGACAGGAUUGGGACUGCUUACAGACUGAUUAUGCUACAAGUUUUAGGAUUUUAAAGUUUUUCUGACUUAUUUGAAAAUGUUGACGGCGGUUAGUCCUGAGCUGAUGAAGACUUGAAGACGGACAGAAGAUGGUUUAAUCAGGUGACUUGAGGGUUUCUUCGUGUCUGAAUUGAACUGUAUCUAAAUACUGGACUAGUCUGAUGAAGGCGGUGAUUGAAAAUUUGAAGUGAUGCGACUUUAAAAACGAUGUGCACAAACCUCUCAGAGCCAAAAUGAACAUUGUUGAACUGCCUCUAAUGAACUUCCGGGGGUCUGUUAUUUACUGUUCACAGACUCUCAUGGUAGUGAAAACUAAUGAGUGGAGUCGAAAUGAGACGGACGAGCUGUCUCCUUCAGAGAGGAACUCCUAUUGAUCAAACUGAAAUCUUUAGAGGCCCUGUGUAAUAAGGAGGUUAUUUGUUAGACUUAAGUAUUAAACAGAGGCAAAAGUUUCACCAACACACGGUAAAUCUUGAAGGAAACUCUUUGACUGUUAACCAGCCCCGGUCAUGGAUCUCAGCUCCUCAUUAAACCUCAGUGUUGUGCAUAAUAAAACACCCUUCACUCUUUGGAAGGACUCGAUAUAAUGACUUUAUAAAGGGACUGUGGGUAAUUCAUUCCUAAUCAAACUGAAGGUAGAUGUGGUUCAUAAUUACAGUUACUUCUUGCAGAGCUAACCUUGACCAUUUUGCCUUGUAGGUUUUUAGAGAGUAGAGGUUUCCGCUGUUUUAUCUGUUUUUGACUGCCUUUCAUUUUCACUGGAGGGAUUUCAUAACCAGACGAUUAAAAGAUCAACUUGUUCUCAUCAAUCAUUACUCUGUUUCUCUCAUUCAUACAUUUGGCCAUGGUUUUCCAUUAAACAAUCGACUCCA